GAUUGGUUCAUUAUGUGCUGAGAUGGGAGGGUUUUCCUUUGUAGGCUGCGAGUAGCCGUGGCAUUAUAAACUUGUCUCUGUUUCUCAGCUCUCCGUCUGUUUUUCUUGUCAGAUUAGGUCAGAUAAGAUUGCUGCUUCACGCCCGUUGCAUCCAUAAUAGGCUUUAAGUGGUUUUAUAGUUCCACAUCUGAUCAUGGAUGAUCUCCAUUGGUACGUGUCCAAAUUUUUGGAGAAACGACAGUUUCGCCAGUUUUAUAGGGAUGUAUCCCCCAUGCGUCACAACGUCAGUCCGUCUGCUUCAAGUUCUGGCAUAAGCAGUUUGUCGAAGUAUGAUCUUCCCUCAGAGAGAAUGGAGAAAUGCCUGCGGGUUUGUCGCUUGGAAAAACUUCGGACUACUCAUGGUCACCCACAGGCUGAUUGCCAUGGAAACGUGGACCAGGUGAUGGUCUUGCCAAAGAUGAAGUGUUGCAGCUUGAGAAAUGUGUCUAUGGACUCAAACUGCUGUUUUCAAAUGUUGCCGGAUGACAAAAUGCUGAGAAGCAGUGAAUUUCCUGGAAGUUGUGCAUGCGAGAAUACUGUUGACAAGUCGUCUUCAAAGUGUUGUUGUGGUACAUCACAGAAGCAGAGUUUGAUGCCAACAUUUGUUAGUAGUGUAAAGGAUGCGCCUUUACCAUAUUCAUGCUCUUGCCCAGAAAUCACACCAAGGUCAUCUCACUCAAGGUCAGGCGAUUCAUACCCUCAUCAAGACCUGUUAUAUCUGGAUAUUACCUGUGGAUGCAUUCCUAAGUCAUACACUUGUCAAAAUAUCAUGUCGAAAAGUGGCCCACAGAGGGAAGUGGAUUUCAGUGAAGAAAGCUUAAAUGGACAUCCUGUGAGCUCCCAUCGAAGGCAUUCAAAUGACAGCUGUCUGUCCGUUAAACGGUGCAUCUGUCCGGUUCAUGUGAGAGACAGGUGUAGCCACUCAAGUGAAAUCUCUCCUCUUCAUACGUAUUGUAUAUACCAGAAUUUAUUGUCCAACGGCCAUCUGCCGAAAUCAGGAAAACUGGCACCACAACACAUGAUGUGUUUGUACCCUGAGGCUGCUUGUAGAGGGAAUCCAAAGAGGUCAUCUGGAAGGAAAAUGUCUCCUCUCUGUCGCUCAUGUACGUUUCAUGAAAUGCCAGCACGUGAAUCGAUGAACUCUUCAAGUGUUUCCUCCUUAUGUGAAACACUGGACAAGGCAAUAACUACUGCGGGCACUGUCAAGCAGUUCCUCAGAGACUGUAGUCGGGAACGGCACAAACUGAUGAAUGAAACUGGUUCGCGCAAACUUAGCGAACCAAACAUCCGUCGCUACGGACUCGGGAUGGUUCAUAAUGCAUCAUGCCCUAGUAAGCUGAAUGCCAGCGUAGAUUCCACGCACAUUGAUGAUGAGCAUCGCCUGAUUGCACGCUACGCUGCCCGCCUGGCCGCCGACUCGCACAACGCGGCAAGAAGUCCCACUGAACUCAACUUCUGUUUGGACUCUAACAAGGCUCAAAGAGAGCUUAUCGCUCAACUGGAAGCCAAAAACAGGGAAAUCAUGAAAGAAAUCCAGAGACUAAGAGUGGAGCAAGAGGCUCAUGCCAAGCGGAGCAGCGCUGCAGAGUACAACCCAACACUGCUUGCCGAACUGAGGCUACUACGACAACGCAAAGAUGAACUGGAGUCGCGCAUGCAGGCACUGCAGGAGAGUCGCAAAGAGCUCAUGUUACAGCUAGAGAGUCUGAUGAAGCUGCUAAAGGUAUCUUCAUCUAAUCAUGGUUCCCCACGGUCCACUCCUAACAGCAGCCCUCGCUCUAGAAGUGGUCAGUCACCAACGACAGGCAUGCUGCCGGGAGGUGGGAGGGGCAGUACCCCGAGUACUCCCAUGGACUCCCUGUCUGGCCUGGGAGGAGAUGUGAGACAGGCAUUCCAACAGAUGCCUGGUUCAGCGGCAAACGCCCGAAACCUCAGGAAUGAUUUGUUGGUAGCGGCAGAUUCGGUGACAAAUGCUAUGUCUUCUCUUGUUAAGGAGUUAAAUUCUGAGGCCAGUGGAAGUGAUGGAGAAGGAGAAAUUACAAAAACAGCCAAUGGCGGGCUGGAUUCAGGGGAGUUGUUCCACACCCAGGAAUCGGACGACGUGUCAGGUUGGCGAGAGGAGAUGAGAGCGAGACUAGCGCAGGAGCAGCAGUUCAUAGCAGAGUUGCGAGCCAGGCGAGACCGUAGCGCUCACAGCAGUCGCAACACCAGUGAUAAUGAACAAGAGCAGUACGACGGUGAUAUGUACACGAGGACGGAUGAUGACCGGCUGACCAAUGAUGACUGUGAUUCCUAUGUGAGAACAGAUGACGAGAGUGUCAUCAGAACGGACGAGGAGGAUGCAGAGCUCUAUGAUAAUCAUCCCAAAAUUCACAUCCCCCUGUGGAAUUCUGAUUUGGGACAAUUUAGCGUUGAUGUUGUCUUUGAACUGGCUGGUCGAUACACAACUGAUGACGAAAGUUACAGAACUGACGAGGAAUCUGUGAUACGUACUGACGACGAAGAGGGAGGCAAUACUGACUGGGAGGAGUCUAUGAACGCUGGAUCAAUAGGUGAAAUGGAGUAUGGCAGUGGAGAUAAUAUGGUGCCAAUACAGACCCUGUUUGGAGAACGUCUGUAACAGAGGAAUGUGUCCAAUAUCAGCACUGUUGGAGAUCACUCAGAUGUCAGUAGUGUAGAAAUGUGUCAUUUCUCUAAUAGGUGAAAUUGAACUGGAAAUUAACUAGAGUUGAACCGGUAUAUAUAUAUAUAUAUACACAAGUCUGUAUAAUGGCGUGUCAUUAAUUAUGUAUAUAUUGUAUAUUAAAUAUAGCCAAGGACCAAGACUCUUUUUUCUGAGCACAAGAAAGUAAAACGAGAAGAGAAAGUUGAGUGCUCUUUGAACUUUACCAGGUAACUUAUACAAUCUAGUCAGGCAAAUGCAAUGAAGAUGGUUUAUAUGCCGUGUGCUUGUAAAUAGUAUACAAGUUAGUGUUGGCAAUUUUACGCUGCUCUAGGGCUUAAAAAAAAACAAAAAAAACCCGGAGGAAACGAAUCCUUUAUAUAUUACGAGAAGUAGCAAUUAUUAGCAAGCGUUGAACAGUAGCAGCGAAAACAGCAGAUGUGUGAUCAGGUUGAGAUUAGCUUAGCUACACAGCAAAAGUUUUGUAGUACAUGCCUGUGCAUUUAGUGCAAAUCCACAAUAUAUAUUCCAGCUGAUAUAGCAUUUGUACAUAUAUAUAUAUAUAUAUAUAUAUGUACCGGUAUAGCUUCUGUAAUAUAGUAAUAUUAUUAACAUAUUUCUCAAAACGAGAACCAAAUACUGGCUGGAGACCUGUUUUGUGUGUAUAAACUAAUAACUCAGUGGGACUUGAUGAAAACUGAAGCAAAUGAUUGUUUGAUGUUUGUGUAUUUAACAAGUUUACACAGACUCAUUUUUUUAAAAUAGGCUGGCCUAUUGUGUGAAACAUCCACUUGCAGGUAGAUGUACUGACAGUAAGCGCUCCUAGUCUAUUAGAAUAUACAAUAUAAUGUAACUGUGCGGCUGUGCCGAGUUCACAUUAAUUACACCUUAUAGAGUUAUUAGGUUAUCUCCCCUUGAAGUUUAUCCCGCUGGAGGCUUUUUAGUUCAGAGUGUUGCCAAAUUUAGAGGCAUGGCAUAUUUUGGCAAUUAUAUACAUGUGGCUGGUUCAUUAUUGACUGAUGAAUAUAAAGCUUUAAGGAGCGAAUUGGAGUGAAUUGCUUUCAAGGUGAGGCUUUUGAACUACUGUUGCAGUUUCUUAUCUGGCAUAAUUCCUUGAAAAAUUAAUGAGCCAACAAAUCUCUUCCCAUGGCCUUGAAAUACUGCCAGUAUAAGUCAGAGUAGGCUGGAAUAAGGUAAUACAGAGUUCCCUUUACUUGAAAAAUAUUUUUUAUUGCAGUUCUGCAUUCUAUGUUUUAUCUUGGAGAGUUUUAUACAGCUACAAUUGCCAUGUAGUUUUUAAAACCAUCUGGAAUGUACAGUAUCAGUACCAUUUCUUCGUUUAUCACAUAUAAUUUAUCUAUUAGAUCUGAUGUAUUUUACCUCAUAUGCUGUAGGUAUGUUGACAGAAAGUUUUUCAAUAUUUUUUGCCAGAUUUUUUCUCUAAUAUACACCUGCUGAUUGUAGUAUUGUGUGUCUGCAGUCAUCUUUUACUUGGCAGGGUGCUCUUGGUGUUGUAUUUUUGUCAUGACUCAGUAUUAUGUUUGUUGUUGUUGUUAUUGAUAUUGGCAUGAAAUUUCAUUGCACUGUUGUGUAGUUUUGAAUUGUUAUGCUUCUUGUUGAGCACCGAAAUCAAACAAGUAUAUUUUUGCCAGCUUGAGGAAGAUUUAGCAAAUACACAAUGUUUUGUAAUGCUGGAGCAGGAAACAUUUGUUUGUGAAACAUUUUGAUUCUUAGCAUGUGGGCUUAGAUGUGCCCUAACAUGUAAAAGUACAAAAGAGCUUCUAGGGAAUUAGGGAUAUACUAUUUUCAGAAAAUUUCCAAGCUUUUUACUGAAAUGUGAAAAGGUGUCUGGUUUAUCGGUAAAGCAUAUUGGCAAAGCCCCCAAUGGGAGACCACUCCAACGUAACAUGAACCUAACAAAUCUCCUGAGCUAUUAAGGGGAAUAUGAUCAUGGUGGUCUGGACAAAACGAUUUGUAUCACUCCGCCUGUCAUAUUGCAUCAUUGGCAUCAAGCAUACAUGUUCCUUGGCCUCCAUUUCAAGUGAAUUUCUCCUUCCCACAGCCGGAUAAGGUGAAUGUUUACUUCGAACCGUGAUGAUAUUUUCAGAAAGUUGAAAGGCAGAAAAGUAAGUAAGCAUGGUACAUUAAUGACCAUAUUAAUUAAUAUUUUGUAGACCACAACAUGGAAAACUUCAUGAGAUUAUGCUUGUUAUCUUUUAUUAGCACUUUAUAUGGUAUUGCAAACAUGUUCAUAAAUUUGUUUUAAAAGGCGUACAAACAGUACAAGUUGAUAAAAAUGACUCCUGUAAGUAUGUCUUACAAGAGACAGGUGGCUUUGUUGUUGUGUUAUCGCAUCAUUGUUUUUGAUUGUGAGUUGUAUUGUUGUCGAUAUUUGCACACUCUAAGCUUGGCAGAAUCUACACUUCUUUACCAUUCCAUCUACUGUAUCUUGAUUUUGCUUUAAGAUCAAAAUUAAAUGAAUAUGUCAAGUGCAAAACUGAUGCAUUUGACUUCAUCACUAAGUAAGUUUACAGAUUCUGAAAGUCUAUAGAUCUGAGAAAGGCUUUUGAGGGUUUUUUUGGUAGGGUGAUAUCCUACCAAAAUCCUACUAUAUUACUAAGGAAAUGUGAGUUUCACCACCAAAAGUUAUACUUUAUGAGAUUUAUUUACCUCCAAAAAUGCACCUCAGGCAAAAUUUUAGAAAUACACACAAAUAGUUUUAACAGAAAAAUGCAAGAAUCAUCUUGACUUAAUAUUCCAGCAUUUGAUUUUGCCAUCAUUACUCAUUAUGAAAGCAAAAUGAAAUAUUGAGUCAAAAUGAAGAUUUCAUUUUUAAGAGUUACUCUACUUGCGGUAAGUGAAACCUAUCAAUGGAUCUUCUGGAUUUUAGGGUAAAGAUAGUGGCACUGAUGCAGAGGCAUCAUGGGAAAGCUUUAAAAUUAUUUAUGCACGUACAUUAAGGUUAUAACAGGAUGUUAAAAGGCUUAUGUAAAUGUGCUAAACUGUUCUUUACUGGCCUAUUAAUUCAUGUGUAUUGUAACACCGUUGGAAUAUACAGUCAGUGUUUUCUGCCGUAGAAACAUUGUUAAGACAUCUGGGCUCAUCUUCAUAAAAGUUUAGAAACUACUGAACAAACAGCAUUCCUUUGUUCCACUUUCCUUUUCUUAGACUUCUGCUGUAAAAUUCGUAUUGUGGUUAAGAGGUUAUUUGGUAGUUAUUGCUCAAAUGAAUCAACACCCAGGUUUUCGACGGGAAAAUUUGUAUGUAAGCAUAAAAUACUCAAGGGACUUAACUCCAUAGAAGCUUUAUGAAUCUCUACUGUACAGGUAAACAUGUGUUCUUCCCAGAUACACAGUGUUUUCCAGGAUUGGUCAAAUGACAUCUUUUUGGAAAUUGUAAGCCAUGCUGUUAGUCUUUAGCCUGAAAUUGAGGUGAAUCAAGUGCUUUUAUACUGAUGCAUUGAUGUAAGUAACGAUGAAUGUCCCAUGUUCAAGUUGCAAGGGAAUCUGUUGGAAAACUGUAUUACAAAAGCUGGUCUUGUUUUAGCAUUGCUGUAGAAAACGUCUGUCUGGAUUUGAAAACUCACAGGGGAUUUUAUUGUUUACCUGUACCCUUUCCGUCACUAAUAUGCUCUUCUGUAUAUUGAUAUCCGAGAUGCUCACAAAUUUUUAUCGGUUGUGAUUCAAUGAAUGGCCUUAAGUGUUGUGGUUAUGUACAAAGGACAGAAAGACUAAGUUGCUGGAACACCUCAGUUAAAGUGUUACAAAAUUUAAGAUAGAAAGAUAACAUUUAAGAUCCUUCCUGUAAAAGUUAAAUGAAGUAUGUGUCAAAAGAAAAUAGAUUUGUUUGUUUAAUUUGAGGGACGGGGGCGGUACCCAAGUUGAAAGUUUUUUCAUUAGGAAAAUUAGGAAGACAAGCAAGGAUAAUAGCAGACUGUGGCACUUCUUGGAUGGUCUUGCCAGGCCACUGUAGGACCUAACAUUUUAAGAGCUUUUAACUUGAUCAGAAAAACUUUAAACUUUUAAAAUCAAAGUAUUCCCUUGGACAAUUACUAUUCUUUAAAGGGUACAUCGUCCUUCAUUGAGGUUCAAAGGAAAAAAAAAAAAGACUUGUCACUUUGGCAAUCAGAUUUAUGAAUAUUACCCUUAGAACAUGAGCUUGUCCUGAGGAUAUUUCAAGACCACUUCAGUUACCUGAACUGUAUUUAUAAAGCUGUUCUGAAGUUUACGAGAGAUUCAGAAAUGCAAAAAAAUCAAAGAAUUUCAUGAAGUUCCUUCAAAGGAAAAGAACAGUAGUUUUAAUUGGGUGAAUCAAAAUCAAAAUGGAGAUAUCUGAAAGAAGAAGAAAUGUGACAUUUACUGUAUGCCAUGUAUGCGAAAAGUUUGAGGUGAGCUAUCUUGGUGUAGUUUGUGGAGGACUUCGUUGGGUUAGAUUUAAUAAGUCUAAACACAGCUUUGUCCUUUGAGAGCUUGUGGAAAUGUUUUUUUUUUUCACUUCAGUGUUUAAAGACUCAUCUGUGCUACAUAUAGAGUUUGACUGAUAUUUAGAAAAGUCAUUCUCAUUUUAACUUCUGUACCGCUUUCAUCUCUCAUGCUGGAGAGCUACAUGUAAUGUGUUUUUUUCGGCGCAUAUAUUGUCACUGAAGCAGCUGUUUUCUGUCUCAGCUGCGUGAAGACUCAGUCUGUGCUAUGUGUACAGUUUGACACGGAUUUAGAGAAGUAAUAUUGAUUUUGUAAUAAAUUAAGAUUAAGGUACCCUUUCUUCUGUAAUUGAUAACUGCUCAGUUUGUACAGUCAGGACAGACGAUGGAUAGAGGUGUGGGGCUGUUGCAGAACUGAUUUACAUGUGUCACUUAUUUAAUAUCUCUCUAUUAUAUUCAUAUGUGUCCCUGUUAACAGAUUGGCUGUUUCUGGCCUAGCUGACAGUGGAACAAGCAGACAGACAAACAGGCUGCUGACCUGCGUACUCGUAAAAUCUCCAACCUAUAUAGGAUCAGCCACUCAUGCACUGUGGAGGAAAACCACCUCCACAAACUCAAAGCAAAUAAUAAAAUCUU